AAAAUGGCGUCGAAAAAUAAAAACGUGGUUCCUGGCAAAUCAGAUAAAAAUGAAGCACAUUAUCCACCAAAGAGUUUAUCUGAUAUCAAAAAUAAAGAAAUCAGGAAGCAGUUAUACGCUAAAAUGAAGAAAGAAAAGAAGAAGCAAAAGAUUGCAGUAAAAAAGAAAAAGAAGGCAGAGGCAAAACUGUUAGGCGAUAAAGCUCCACCAAAGGCAGUGCCCAAAACCUUAGAAAGUAUGAGAAUUAAAGAUGAAACGAUGGUCAAUGCAGAUGAUGAAGAGGUGAUAAAAGAUGAAUCCCAAGAUGAAAUGUCAUCAUAUUUUAACAGACAAUCCACUCCUAAAAUAUUAAUUACAUCAGACGAUAGAAUUAAUUCUAAAACCAGAAAGUUUUGUAAAGAGCUUGCCAGAAUUAUACCAAAUGCAACAACAAUGAAAAGAAGGGGAUUUGAUUUAAAGAAAAUUAUUCCACAAGCUGUCAGUAAAGACUUUACAGAUUUAAUUGUUAUUAAUGAAGAUAGAAAAAUACCGAAUGGAAUGGUUGUCUGUCAUCUCCCAAAUGGUCCUACAGCACACUUUAAGUUAACCUCUGUAAAGCUAUCUAAAGAGAUAAAGGGUGUUGGAGAAUGGACUAGUCAUAAACCUGAAGUGAUAUUAAAUAAUUUUAAUACCAGAUUAGGCCAUUCUGUUGGUAGAAUGUUUGCCUCUUUAUUCCCUUAUGAUCCAAAUUUUCAAGGCAGACGUGUGAUGACUUUUCAUAACCAGAGAGAUUUUAUCUUUUUCCGACAACAUAGAUAUAUCUUUAGAAAUUCUAAGCGAGUGGGUUUACAUGAAUUAGGACCAAGAUUUACUCUUAAAUUAAGAUCUUUACAGAAAGGAACGUUUGAUUCUAAAUAUGGCGAAUAUGAAUGGGUUCAUAAGAGACAUGAAAUGGAAACCAGCCGAAGAAAAUUUCAUAUAUGAUGAAUCAACAGUGGAUGAUGAAUUAUCUGUGCUGGUUCUCCAUGAAAAAAUGGUGGUUCAUACCAGGAAGGCUCUUGGCUCUUACAGAGUAUGGUUAUCUUUUGAAAUCCAGUAUCUCACUGAAGAACUCAGGAAAUGCACUUUAAUCCUGGAAAACUGUGAUGUAUAUAAAUGGAAAAAAUUUCUCAAUAAGCAAACAGUUAUAUUUUCAUCAUGUUAAAUCUUGGAAGAAUGAUAACAACACAUGUACAUGAUAAAUGAAUAAAUUCAACAACAAUCUCGACAUAAUAUAAAAUCACCACAGAUACUUCGACUAGUAUUCUGAACACAAUCCCAUCAAUCAACACCAAUUUUAAUGCUGUGUAUUUCUAUAAGUUGAUUCUCCUGGAUAUGUCACCAUUACAGUACAGAAGCACAAAUUCAAUGCACUUCAGGAAAAACUGUAUUCUUGAAGGCAUGGCAAGGUUAGUGCAUAGGAGUGGCCUUUACGUCAUUUGAAAGUCUUAGGUGGAAGUAAAUACAUGUGUAACCGUUUAUGAAAAUAUUUCCAGCUUCUAAAUUUCCUGGUACUAUUCUGUUUGGUCACACUACUGCUUUAUCUUAUAUUGAUUAGUCAGUUCCGUGUAAACUAUAUGGUAAAUAUAAUAAACUAAAUGACCCUUUAUUCCAUUUAUGUAUCUUCUGAGUAACAUCUAUUGGAAAGAGAGAACAGUUUGUCCACCUUUUUGUCCAGGUUUAGCUUUAUAAGAUAAUUUACUUGGUUUUAUUUUGGAAACAUUUUCAUCUCCAGACACAUAUCGGCUUUCAUCACCUACAAAAAAAAAAUAACUUUAAUUGCAAGGCUGUGCUGUAGUUCUUUUAGGUUGUAAACUAUCGGAACAUGCAUAAUUAUAGAAGAAUAAGUGACAAGAGCUAGCUUGCCAACAAUUAGGAGUCGUUCUUAUUCGUUCAUGUAUGAAAUGUAAGCAAUGAGAGUUAUUGGCUUGGUCUGUACCUUUAGGGUAAAUUUUAGAAAAAAAAUAAGCUGAUUUCGAUCCAAAUGUGCAUUAUGGACUACAAAUACAAUCUCAGUGCGUUUUGAGAUUAAUGAAUCUAAAGAUUAUAGAAGUAAUUAGCCAGCUUACAUAGACGUAUUUAAUUGUUCUGACCUGACAUAUAGGCUGAGUCUCUAUCAAUAUACUGUCCUUCUGAUCUAGAUCUAUAUAUAGAAUUCUGAAAUAUACAACAUAUUUACUACAAUAUAUGAAUGAUUAUUAUU